GACAGACAGACAGAGCGAGUCACAAGGGCUAGGGUGGUGACCGAGACCACUGAUACAGCCUGGUCACUUGGGAACUGCACUGGAUUACUAGUCCACAGACAACAUGGAUUUCCUUAUCACUGGCAGCUUUUAAACUUCAGACUGCACCAAACUCACCAACUGUGAACUUUGACUGACUACUUGCCAUCCAUGAAGGACAUCUUGAAUUAAUCUGGAAGAGAGACAGAGAUUGCAACCUGGGGAACAAGAAGAGCGUUGUCAGGUAUUAUUGAACACUCCUCAUAUAACACACUGGUGAGGCCUCAUCUGGAAUCCUGUGUCCAGUUUUGGUCUCCAGGCUACAAAAAGGACAUAGCAGUAGUAGAGAAGGUCCUGAGAAGAUCAACUUGGCUGAUUCCAGGGCUACAGGGGAUGAGUUAUGAGGAUGGGGUGCAAUGAGAGCAGUCAGCAGCCAAAACAAGGCAACUUCCAAAAGAAGGAAGGCGAGAAUGGCAUGGCGAAGCACAUGAACCCUCAAAGAGGCCCACUUGCUGCGCCUGAGGACCAGAGGGUGAACCCUCCAGAAUACGAGAAGAAUGUGGUCAUUGCGCUUCAUGACUAUGAACCCGUCAACGAACACGACCUGGCCUUCAGCAAAGGCGAUAAUCUGAAAGUUCUAGAAGAUAAUGGUGACUGGUGGCUGGCGAGAUCCUUUGUCACAGGAAAAGAAGGAUACAUCCCAGUAUCCUAUGUUGCAAAGCUGGAUACCUUGGAGGCUGAAAAAUGGUUCUUCAGAAGUCUGAGUCGCAAAGAUACCGAACGACUGCUUCUUGCCCCUGGAAACAAGCUGGGAGCUUUUCUGAUAAGGGAAAGUGAAACCAGCAAAGGUGCCUUUUCUCUGUCUGUGCGAGACGCUGUCCCACCUCAAGGGGACAUUAUCAAGCACUACAAGAUCCGUUGUCUGGACUCUGGUGGAUAUUACAUCUCGCCCAAGAUUACCUUUCCUACUCUGCAGGCGUUGGUCAACCAUUACUCCCAAAAGGCAGAUGGACUUUGCCAGAGGCUAACAAUGCCCUGCAAAAGCGCAACACCCCAAAGACCUUGGGGGCAGGAUGAGUGGGAAAUUCCCAGAGAGACCCUGAAAAUGGUGAAGAAGCUCGGGGCAGGACAGUUUGGAGAAGUAUGGAUGGGUCUGUAUAAAAACCGUCAAAAAGUGGCUAUCAAGACCCUGAAAGAGGGCAACAUGGCUCCAGAGGCUUUCCUGGCUGAAGCCAACAUAAUGAAGACCCUUCAACACAAUAAGCUUGUACGACUCUAUGCUGUAGUUACUAAAGAGCCCAUCUUGAUCGUGACGGAAUUCAUGUCCAAUGGUAGCUUAUUAGAUUUCCUGAAAACAGACCAAGGAAACAGACUCCAGCUUUCGAAACUGAUUGACAUGUCGGCUCAGGUGGCAGAAGGAAUGGCCUACAUCGAGAGAAAAAAUUACAUUCAUCGUGAUCUUCGGGCGGCCAAUAUCCUUGUCUCCGAAACCCUGACUUGCAAGGUGGCCGACUUUGGCUUAGCCAGGAUUAUUGAGAACGAAUACACCGCACAGGAGGGUGCAAAAUUCCCCAUCAAAUGGACAGCACCAGAAGCCAUCAACUUUGGCAAAUUCAGCAUAAAGUCAGACGUGUGGUCCUUUGGAAUCCUCCUUACAGAAAUUGUGACGUAUGGGCGGAUCCCUUAUCCAGGUAUGACUAACCCAGAGGUCAUCCGAUAUUUGGACCGGAGGUACCGCAUGCCCUGCCCUGAAAGCUGUCCAAAGCAGCUCUAUGAGAUCAUGCUGAUAUGUUGGAAUGAGAGUCCAGAAGAGAGGCCCACCUUUGAAUAUUUACAAACCACCCUGGAGGACUUCUACGUAGCCACAGAAGGCCAGUAUGAGGCGCACCCCUAGGAGGAAGAGGAGAGACAUUAGGGCCCCCUGCACUGAGAGCUCCUGGUCUUCAAUCUUACAAUCUGUGAGCGAGACUUUGGCCAAAGUGGCACCAAAUGUACCCCCUUCUCUCUUUAGAAGACGUACGGGUACAGUAUGUAAAAAUCGACUUGAGUUCCUCGCUGUUAUGCUAUUUAUUUGCCUUCAUGGUGGGAUGAAUUUGUAUUCAGUUGACUUGACCAAACACAAUGGAAAUCCACUGGGUUAGGCCCAGUUUCAGCCCAGAGCUUCCUGAUGACACUCGCCAUUUGAAGAGUUAGACGCACACGUACUGUCGAGCUCUGAGGUGCUUUCAGAUUCUCAGCACUGGAGGGAACGCAAGGAACGGUGGAUGGAAGACAAAAGGCUUGUCUCAGAGGUGGAAAUGUAAUAAAAAGCAAACCCCUCUCCUUGAUUUGAUUGAAGAUGGAGCUCCUUUGAUUCUUGGUGGAACCGUCCACCCCGCCAUCCUUACCCCCUCAUCGUAGAAACUUGUCGCAACAAUUACCUUUGGAAAUAACGUCAAGUCGACAUUCAAAGGAACCUCAAAGUCCUGCUAAUUCUUGGCUCUCUACGAAGCUCACAUUUUGGCCUCCACAAAAAGAACGUCAUGGGACAAAACCAACAGUUCUUGACUAUGCAAUAUGAACUUGAACCUUGUGUACUGUUUGUAUUUUAUUUUUGGAAAAAAAAACCUUUUAUAAAACUUGAGCGUUGUCCAGUCACAGCAGGGUGUCGACCCCUGAGUCUGGAUGGGGUUGAGGAGACGAUGUUUUGAAUCACUAGCACUGAGUGCAAUAAUGACGCCAGUAUGUCUGCCAUCCCUGCAGUGCUUUGCCAUUCCUUAAGCUGUUGCCAUUUGUCUGGUUAUUAGGUGUCACUGAUAUUACAUUUAUUCUUGACCUAGACAACCAUUAGGAUGCCCUUCUCUGUCAAUCAUUAGGUGACCAACACUGGUAUGUGAUUGACAUUACCAGGCCGAUGACAUUUGCUGUAACUUAUUUUGCCCACAUGGCUUCCCAGGCAACUGAUUAUUGUGUAAAUUGAGUUAUUGGCAUUGUACAAGCUUAGCACUUGCAUAAAAAAACAUUCCAUAAAAGCAACCUGACACACAUUUUGAAAUUAUUCUGGAGCCCUACUUCUCUCUCAGCUGACUGAAUGACGUCCAUCAAGGUGCUCAAUGUCUCCUUAGAAGGCCUGGGAUUCGAAUCCUGAAGGUGAGGUCCACUUUGGGAGUGACGUCUCAAAUUCUGGGUUCCCCUUCUUUUCCCAAUCUUCCACAGCCUUCCAGCUUGCCAUUCUUGCCGUGAUUUCUAACUGUAAAAAAUGUCAUCCGUUCAUCUUUGUUUAUAAUGCCUUGACUAUGGUCGAACCCGAAUCAAUUCUUUGGCUGAACCUUUGGUAAAGGGCCAUGCCUUCUGAACACCGUGGUGCAAGUAGUUAGCACUGGUGCCUUACAGCUCCCGAGUGUUGGGGUUGCAUGCUGGCCUCACUAUGUGCAGUUUUCAUGUUCUCCUCGUGUUCUUGAGGAUUUCUACUCCAGUUUUCUUCCACAUCCCACAGAUUAUGCAAGGUAGGCCAAUGGGUGAUUCUGAUCUAGCUGAGUAUAAGUAAGGGCAUGCAGGCUUUCUGUCCAGCAGGGGGUGCUAUCUUUACAAUUAGGUUGAGUUCAGUGUGGAAAGGUGGUUCUGCUUACAGUGCCACCUUAAAUCCUCACCCGUGACAAAAUAAUCACAUCAGCGACAGAAAUCAAUCACAGGCCGAGUGAUCAUUUUGUACUUCGCUUGUAUUAAAGGACCAUUCACCUUACAAAUCAACAGUCGUGCACCAAAGAUAAAGAUCAGCGAGAGGAGAAAACAGCUGACAUGCUGGCUGAGAGCAGAAGUCUGCCGGCUAUGGUAACGGAGAACCAAUCAGGGUCUAACUAGACGUUUUGCCACACCCCUUUUCUAGAAGUCUCUUUAAAACAAACUACUCUCUCAGCUUUUCUCCCAGCAGACCCUGUUUAGCAAUUUACAAUAAAAAGGACAACUGAGUACCCUAACAU